CAAAAAUAACAUGUGGGUUUUAAAAAAAAUAAUGCAGAAUGGCAACAGAGAGGUAAAUUGUUCCUUAAAAUGGGAUGGAUUGGUUAUUUUAAUAAAUUUGGUUGCACUAUAAUGAUCAACACGAUUCCUUGGAUGUGAACCCAUUAAAGAUAAACAUGAUCAUAAUGCAGAUCUGGGUGUUUUGAGAGUUUUAUUUUGAAAGUCACACUAGUGGCGUUACAAAGGUUCGCUGCCCCCUAGCAGUCACACCAAGUAACUACAACGUGCAACAUUUCGAAUGCCAAUUAACGUGCAACAGUAAAGUAAAAUUAGUAACAACUACAUUUAUGUAGAAAUGGGUUCAUUGCCACGAGGUCACAUCCUGAUCAAAUAGCACCUGAAUGGAUAGUUAAUGAACUAAGUUAGCUUUGUAAACCCCAAAUGAAUGUAGGAGAACAUAUUAGAAACACCUGUGGAAAGUGACGAAUGUCCCCUCAAACCCUAACAAUGCAUCUCGUGACAGUCACUUAUUUGCCAGUUUAACUAACUUGACUGACGUUAAACUGCGAUAUACGAAGCGUUUCCCCCUCUGGGACAAGCAACCUGGGACCAGUGCCACCACCACCACCAACGCCCCCUCCCACCAGAAUGGAUGGUAUGGACCCGCCUGAAACAAUCCGACCGCCUUUCUAACUAAAUCCUGACUGGGAGAUCAAACAGUGGGUCUUUGAGUCCGGUCCUGACACUGAUAUCCAUUCAUCGAUAUGCAUCAGUUUGCUGUUUCCUCGGGAUGUCUUGGCCUGCUCUGUACGCUCAGUUGGUCGGGGCGAACCGCCACUCCACCAGCUUGGGUAAAAUCUGGCUCUCGGUGCUGUUCAUUUUCCGGGUCAUGGUGCUGGUUGUCGCGGCUGAGAGCGUCUGGGGCGACGAGCAGUCUGACUUCACCUGUAAUACACUACAGCCUGGCUGUGAAAACGUCUGCUACGACCAGUUCUUCCCUGUCUCCCACAUCCGUCUAUGGUGUCUUCAGCUUGUCUUUGUGUCCACGCCAACACUCCUGGUUGCGAUGUAUGUGGCCUAUCGGAACCACAGUGACAAGAAGAGGCUCCUACAGGGUUCAGGUAGAGCUGGUUUCCUCAGCAGCAAAGGCCAGGAGGAAGACCUGGAGACUCUGAAGAGAAGGAGACUCCCAAUAGCUGGCGCCCUCUGGUGGACGUACGCCUGCAGCCUGGUGUGCAGGUUACUGUUUGAAGGAGGCUUCAUGUAUGCCCUGUAUGUGGUAUACGACGGGUUCCAGAUGCCACGUUUGGUGCAGUGUGACCAGUGGCCGUGUCCAAACCUGGUGGACUGCUUCAUCUCUCGCCCCACCGAGAAAACCAUCUUCACCGUCUUCAUGGCCACCGCCUCCUCUAUCUGCAUGGUCCUUAACAUGGCGGAACUUGCAUAUCUUGUUGCCAAGGCUGUCACUAGCAGUCUCCGUAGUAAUGAGGAGAGGAAGAAAUGCAAAAAAUCCAGUCGAGAGAGGACUCACAACAAGACUACCCACGUGUCACUUGUCUCGACCUGAGGAAGCAGGAACAAGAUGGACUAAA